AUGCGACCGUCCACCACUUAUCUUCUAGGCCUCCUCGGAGCCGCAACGGUCGCAUUUGCCAGAAACACCGAGCUCGUUGAGUCGAAUACCGUAUCUUUGACCAAGGACACAUUUCAUGAUUUCAUAGAAACGCAUGACUUGGUUCUGGUCAAUUUCUACAGCCCGUCGUGCGGGCACUGCCAAAAGUUGGCCCCAAAGUAUGAAGAAGCGGCCAGGGAACUGAAAGAGAACAACGUUCCUCUUGUCAAGGUGAACUGCAUGGAGGACCUAGAGUUUUGUCGAGAUAUGGAUAUUGGAUGGUGGCCUAAAAUGGAGGUGUUCCGUGGCCUCGAAUCGCGUGAACCAUACCUUGGUGAUCGCACUACAGAGUCGAUCGUCGCAUUUAUGAUAGACGAGUUUAUGACUGAUGGAUCUGGCGAAGGCCUUUACUAUCAAGCCUCUGCUUAA